CACACAAAGAAUCCCAAAUUCCCAAAUCGAAUUCGCAACCCCCAAAAUUCCCCAACCCUAAAUUCUACCCUCCUUCUCAAAUCCAAUGGCGCCCAAAGCAGAGAAGAAGCCUGCUGAGAAGACCGUGGCGGAGAAGAAGCCCAAGGCCGGCAAGAAGCUCCCCAAGGAGGCCGGAGCGGCUGCCGGAGACAAGAAGAAGAAGAGAAACAAGAAGAGCGUGGAGACCUACAAGAUCUACAUCUUCAAGGUUCUCAAGCAAGUCCACCCUGAUAUUGGGAUCUCCAGCAAGGCCAUGGGUAUCAUGAACAGCUUCAUCAACGACAUCUUCGAGAAGCUCGCUCAGGAGUCUUCGAGGCUUGCGAGGUACAACAAGAAGCCGACGAUUACUUCUCGGGAGAUCCAGACUGCUGUGAGGCUUGUGCUUCCUGGUGAAUUGGCCAAGCACGCCGUCUCUGAGGGGACUAAGGCUGUGACUAAGUUCACUACUGAGAAGAAGCCCGCCGAGAAGAAGCCGGCAGAGAAGACCGUGGCGGAGAAAGCCCCGGCGGAGAAGAAACCCAAGGCCGGAAAGAAGCUCCCCAAGGAGGCCGGAGCCGCCGCCGGAGACAAGAAGAAGAAGAGGAACAAGAAGAGCGUGGAGACCUACAAGAUCUACAUCUUCAAGGUCCUCAAGCAGGUCCACCCUGACAUUGGGAUCUCCAGCAAGGCCAUGGGCAUCAUGAACAGCUUCAUCAACGACAUCUUCGAGAAGCUCGCUCAGGAGUCGUCUAAGCUCGCCAGAUACAACAAGAAGCCGACGAUUACUUCUCGGGAGAUCCAGACCGCUGUGAGGCUUGUGCUUCCUGGUGAAUUGGCCAAGCACGCCGUCUCUGAGGGGACUAAGGCGGUGACCAAGUUCACCAGCUCUUGAAGGACUCUGGGUUUGUGGAUUGGUUUCAAUUCGGAUCUGUGUGGUUAGGGUUAGGGUUUUAAAUGAGUAGUAUAAUUGUAAUUUCGUUUUAUCUCUGGAUGGAUCUGCUCGAUCCCUAGGAAAUGAAAUAUGUUGGCAGAAUGUUGCUUGUCUCUAACUAUGGGUUUUUGAUUUAGUGUCAGUCUGUAACCAAGUUUUGGGAAUUUUGAAUAGGACUAUAUUCUUCUAGUUCUGUAUUCAAUUCUUGAUGCCUGUUAUCAGAUCUCAAUUUCAAAUUGAAUGCUUCAUGCCCUUUGAUUCCAAUGACAUUUUGGGCAUAUUGUUUCAU